AUGGACCAAUCACAUCCUCCUUCGCACCGUAAUGGCACGGGAAAGCGUAAAUAUGACCACGGCCCAGUGAUGAGGGUGGACAAGCAAUUCCGAAACGCAGAAGGCUCUUCCUACCAGAUCAUCGUUCCACAGUCUCACAACGCACGGAAAAUUGUUUUUCAUCCGCGCAACUCAUCCUUCGCGCUGUCCUCGAAUGCCAGCGCCCAUGUCCUCGCGUCAUCCUCCACGGACAGUGCCGCGGCACCACCGGCCCCGGGGCAUACCUUUGUCAUCAACACGGUUGGUAGCAUGAAAACUGGACAGCGUCAUGGGAACACGAGAAGUUCAUACGAGUCAACCGUCUUGUCGAGCGAGAAUACCCCGAUGGAGAAACGACGGUGCAUCAGCAGCAUUUCGCCCACGGAUCGCAAACCCAUUUUUCGACCAAGUCGACCGGUCAAAAAUUCCGACCAGGUCCAUAGCGACGUGUGGCAGACGAUCCUGGGCUAUUGCGAACCCAAAUUCCUUCUGGAAGCCAAAACCAUUAAUUCAGCCUUCUACCGCUUGUUGUCCGAUCGUUCUGGAAUCUGGAGAGAGAGCAGGCAGAAUCAUUUCGGCCGCGAGAUGCCCGAUUGCCCGCCGAACCUGACAGAGCAACAAUAUGUCGACCUGUUGGCCGGCCGAGGCUGUCAGAAUAGCGCGUGCCCGAGAGAAAACACGGCUCGCGUAUAUUGGACAUUUCAAGUUCGACUUUGCGCGGAAUGUUUCAAGCAAAAGACCAUGCGGGCCGAUGAUCUUCCAUCGCAUCGAAAACACACGCUACCGCCACUGGAGGAUCCGACCCCUCCCUGGAGUGGCAAAGCUCUCUGGGAACUGCUCCCAUUAGCGCGAAGUGACGGUCGUCGCUAUAUGCAACCCCGAUCCGUCAACGUCCAAUCCAAUGAGUGGGCGAUCAGCAAUGGUGCGCGCCAAUAUGCGUUCUUGAAAUCGUCGUAUCUCCAGCUCGAGGCCGAAUAUCUCGACUUUCGACGAACCCAUCCGGGAGACGUGGCAUUGCGAGGAUGGAUCGACCAGGUGCACCGGAAAACAAUGUCGUUCAUGAUCGAGGUCGCCGACCUGGAACUCUGGCAUAAGCGCCAGAAUGCGGGCACCACACCAUUACCCGCCAUGAGAAUCGACUUCUUUAUAGCUCGGGCGGCCGAGCUGUCACCACCUCUGAGCCCCAACCUCUUGUGGAAAAUGGCGGCGUUUCGACGGAUAUUGAAGGUGCAGGCUCCCCCGUCAGAGCGAUCGUGGAAGACACUCAAGGAGAAAAUACUCCCGUACAGAGAACAGGCCCAGGCGCUGGAAGACUACAAGAUGGAGAUGAACCCCGGGACGGUGCCUCAUCCUCGCACCCACAUCAAGCGGUACCGAAGACUCCACGAACAUCGAAUGUCCCGAAAGGAGGAGCCACGGGUCCUGACACCCGAACAGGAGUUUGUUCUCGACCUGGGCCAAAGAGAAUUUGAACGGUGUCAGGCAGCGAAUGUCGCCGAUGAAGAUCUCCUCUUGCUGUGCUUGAAGAAUGUGUUUGACACAUACAGCCGAUUGACCAAUCGCCCGACGGGACUCAAUUUCAAUGGGACCACCGGACCAUAUUGUCUCAGCCUUGAUGAUGCCCGCAUGAUCGUCGAGGAUGUGAUGGAGAAACAUAUUCCUCGAUUUUCUCCGCGGGGAUUGACGGUCUUUCAGAACCUCAAGUGCCGAGGUUGUCGGCGGACUGAUUUUGUCAAAACUUGGUCAUUCACGAAAGCUUUCGAACACAUGUUAGAUGUUCACGCGAAACAAGUGGGCGAGGGUCUGGAGUUUUGGCAAUUUGCCGUCCCAUUUUCCCGGGAAUACGAAGCCUGGACACCCGGCCGCGAAGAGGAUUCUUUCUACCAUCGCUUCCCCUGGUACACCGUGCCCUGGCCGAGAUGCUUGCCUUUGGUUCCCGGACACCGGGACCCUUCCAAACUCGACAAUUGGCAUCCGGCGGUGAAUGAACCGUUUGUCGAAUUGCCGAGACGCAUUCGCAUCUCGGCCUUUGAGGGACGGCGGCCCCGGCCCACCGAGAUUCGAAACAUUGACUUUGUCAAGAAUCUGUUAUUUGCAGCAAAGAUCUUGAAUGGAGUCUGGGUGGACGGCCUAUGUCAGAUGAAAAUUGCGUUAAAGUAUGCGCUCGAUCUCUAUACCCGAACGCAGUUGACGGAGCCACCUUUGCCUCUUUUCACCAGCUGCAUCGAGGAGCUCCACAAAGCCAAUCCAGCGAUUGAUCUCCGGUUUCGGUGCGGAAUCUGCGUCGGAGAGGGCAAGGUUUAUCGAACGGCCCGGCAGGUCAAAUACAAGAUCUCCGUCGAAGGUCUGUUGGAGCACUGGCAUGAGAAACACAAAGACAGCGGAGCAAGCUGGAGCCAAGGCCUCAUGCAGCUCCCAACGGACAGUGAGGUGAUGGAACAGAUCGCAGAUGCCGACCGGAGACUGCAAGAGGAGAAGGAAGCCACGCGAGAAAGGACGGCGGAAUUGUCCAAUAACGUCAGAAAGCGACCAAAGUUGAAAGGAAACGUGGUGAUGCAGGCCCGAUUAGCAAGAGAAGCAUUCGAUGAUCUGUUCCCUCGCGAAGAUUAG